CGAUUCCCCAUAAUGCCGCGCGCACAGCACGCGACGGCAGUAGAACAUUGGGGUGGUGAUGAUUCCGCUGUUCUCUAUGCGUGACAGUGCGGCACUCUGAUGGUACGGCGCGACAGGUGCACCGAGGGAGCUCAGAAACCAGUAUCAUUUAUUUGAGAAGUCUAAAACCCGGAGGAGCAUAGUCUUCUCCUCUAUUUGUCCGGUUUGAAAUGCUCGUGUGAGCAGCUGCGCUGUCGGGGGAGCUGCAUGGAGGCUCAGGCAGGGGCAGGCAGCCCAGAACCCAGUAAAGAUUUUCAGAAACUGUUGAAGCCCUCGAGCUCAGGUGAUCUCUCCAAGGAGCUGUUCCACCACCCUGUUGAGGAGGAGGAGGGCAGCCUGUCAGGACACACUGCCAGCCUGAUGCUCAUCACAGAGAAGAGACAACCUCUGAGCAGUGUGUCCUCUCUGGAGGUGCACUUUGACCUCCUUGAUCUGACUGAACUGACUGACAUGUCUGACCAGGAACUUGCUGAAGUUUUUGCUGACUCUGAUGAGGAGAAUCAUAAUGACUCUCCAGCUGGUUCUCACCAGCCUAUGCUGCACAGAGGUGGGUGUAUGCGCUCCCCAUCAUGGACGCGCUGCAAUAAGGUUGAUCCCCCGCGUGAGAGAAAGCACCACAGCGACUCGGACACCACAGAGCCCUUAAUGAAGCUGGAUCGCACGAAGAAGCCCUGAAGACUGAUGUGAAACAGUCAGACUGCAGUGGUACAAAACCCAGAGCAGACACACCCAGAGAGGAAACAUCAAUCGGGUCACAUUUGUUACCUGCCUUCCCAUAAAGUAUGAAGGUGUUAAAGAGAUGAGUUUGGGUCAAACUCUGGAUGCUGUGAUCUUUGUGAAGUGCAAUAGAAAUGCUCUCUUUCUUCUCCCCCCUCUCUCAUAUUGUGACACGCUUUUUUUUCUUAUGAAAAGUUCUUGAUGCACUUUGGGCUUCCACAAAUUUUAAGAUUUGUUUUCUGCUGACAGACAGGGUAUGAGGUCAACAAGUAAUAGCAAAUCCAUCCUUAUACCCUGCCAGGGUGACAGAAAUCUUGGGCAUACAGGUUCAGGUUCUGGAAUUUGCAGUGAAUAACCAGGAUGGGAUGAAA